CUUCUCCGACUCGAGCAACGUCUCUGGUCCCCGUGCGUCUGUCUGCAGAUUGCAUCCGCCUGGUGCUGGUGGCAUCAGCGACGCCAAUAUGCUUGCUGAAGGGGAGAGACGGAAAAAGACUGCUCUUUUUAGUGACAAGGUGCGCAUGGAAGAUGGCGCAUUGGUUAGCCGAGGCCCACGUCCGAUCCGUGGAGCUUCGCGUUUUGUGCCUGGGGACCAUGGUCCUUUCAGGGAGGUAGAGACAAUAGAGAUGGAUGAAAUGGCAGCCCCGUCAACUGGGGACGUACAACUACAGUUAAGGCGGUGCGCCCCAGAUGAACAAACUUGCCUACUUAGUCUUUCUGGCACUUAUCUCACGCUUAACACGUCAUCUCCAAGAGUCAAUUUCUUCUUACAGCGGUCUGUUGAAGAAAUGGACACGCACCGACCUGAGAAGAAAUGGACACCUCUUGCUGUUUUGAGCUUUUGUUCUAAUAAAGGGUGGAAGUGGACUGUUCGCUAUGGACGAUAUGGACGUCGAUGAGGCAGUUGCUGGAGCAAAUUUGCAACUUAAGUUAAGGCUCAGCUUUCAAUGGUCAUUGGGGUUGGUCACUGAGAUCGAAGAAGCGACCCCUUUAGAGAACAGGGGAAAAGGAAGGGAAAGGGGAGAGCUUUGAGGGGAGCAGUCUCUUCCCUUCAGCAUUAUGGACAAUUGAAUGCUGAGCUUUAAUUGAGGACGAACGAACAGUGGGAGACCGACCUGGGUUUAUGCAAUUCAAUGUGACCGAUCUUUACAAACGAGCAAAGGAGGCAGCACGUGGAGGGGCCGCAGAUGUUGACUCUCCCCUAAUCAAGAGUGACGCACGAAUCAAGAGCCCACCAGGGAAGCGACAACGUAGUACGACAAAAAGGGAUCAUCGUGAUGUAGUUCUGCCAGGAGAAGGAGGUGCUAGUCCACCUAGUGAACCUCCAAGACCAUCUUCGUUACCUGCAAAAUCGAGUGAAGUGGCAGCAAGAGCAAUACCUGCAACAACAUCUUCGUUCUCCGGAAAUAAACAACCGCCGCCACCAUUGUUGAAUAUUCCAGUGCCCGGUGGUCCUCCUGGCGCAGAAAGUGGUCAAAGCAAGCCCGAUUUUUCUGGGUCUGCAGCAAAUAGUAAGGACAAUAUUAAGCCUGCUGGUGCUGGAGGGCCUUUGAGUCCAGUUUCAGGAGUUCUUAGUUCCUCUAUCGGUAGCGGGGACGCAGCGGCGUUUGGAUUGCCACCAGGACAAGAACAUGCGGAUCAUUUAUCCUCUAGAUCAAAUUCGGUCUCCGGAGGCCAAGAAAUACAGAAUAGAGCAAGAGGUGGUCGUGCAUUUGCCUCCUCUCGAUCACGAAACAUAGCAGGAGGCACAAGUGGAAGUGCAUCAUUCACCUCAUCUGGCAGUACCAGUAGUCACGAUGCUGGCUCUUCUGCGAAUUCCUCUAGCAAUGCGAGUAGCGAUACCAGUGAUCCAGAACUUGCAGACCAGCUGCAGGGUUCCCGAGAAUUAGGUAGUGCUUCUUCCGCAGCAGGCAGUUUUGAAGUGUCUGCAUUUUCACAACCACUCCAGAAGCAGCGAUCACCAAUGGGUUCUUUGAAUCUAGGGGAUGCUUCAUUGUCAUGGCGUCGUGGAGGUGAUGUUGGGGCUGACGGAAUAAUUACUGCGGCGCCAUUCAUUGCAGCACUCGGUGAUCCUCAGAGUGCGGCAGGUGGAGUAUCAGGAGGUGGUUCCGCGAGUUCUGGUUUGGGCGCUUCACCAGGAGGAGGAAUUAUCCGCCAAAGUAGUUCUACUAAGGAAGAGCAACAAGAACUACCUGGACGAGAUACAUCUUCCCCCACUUCUGGUGCUGGUCAAGAUUUACUGGCCCCUGGAGGUGGUCUAGGAUCCUCUGCAGGAAAAGCAAAGCCUCCUGUCUCUCCUUCGCUCGCAGCUUGGAGAGCCGAUUUGGAUAAGAGAAGAGCAGCAGAGGGUCUCGGACCCGCUGACCAGAGUCGAUCGAAACGUGUACGAGGGCUCCUCAAUCUCUCUCCGAAGAAGAAAAUAGCUGAAACUUUGAAGGUUUUCCAACAGCAGGAUCGUCUGCGUGGAAGUGGUCGAGGUUAAGGGAGGUUACCGAAUUUUUACAUCCCGCACCGCCAUCCUUGGCUCAUUUUCUACUUGAAAAAGCCGCCAGGGAUGUUCUGAGGAAUGUAAUUCUGCAACCUCUAACAAGGGCAACAUCGGGGGAUGCAAGAAAGGGAGACAAGUGAAAAAUCGUCGACGCUGUCGCAUCAGAUUGUUCCUCGAUUCUCUAUUAGAUCUCCUCUACGCUCACUACCAGGGUCAGGAGUUAUGUCUCCCGGGGACAGCAGUAGUUCGGCCACAGCGAUGAUGCACGAAAUGACGCCAGGGACUACGCCGAGGACGCCUGGAGGAACUCUGAUGUUAUCGAAUGCUCUAGCAGGAAGCGGUGGAGGAGAUGUAGCUUCUGGUGUUAAGGCAACUAAAUAGACAAAUUGUCCCUACGCACAGUCUAUGUCUAUCAUAGCGUGGAUCCUUCGAGCAAAGAAAUACUUACUUCUACUACUUGCUCACAAAAUACUAGGACUGAAGCUAGGGCAUGGGCGUUAUCACCGUUGUAUCAAAGGGAUGGAUAAAGUUACUUAGGAUCAAUGACGUACUGUACCAGCGUUCUGUUUCUAAUGACUCUAGAGUGGAGUCAUAUCCAUCAGGCGGAGAGCGAGGAGGAGGACAUAAUCUACAAGGACCUUCUGGUGGUAAUCUACCGCCACGCUCCGGAUCAUUUAGUCCUUUACCAGGUGGGACGUGCAGCUCCCCACAGGAUACGAAAGUGGAAGCGAGUCAGACGCAGUCUUUAGUUUAAGGCGUCGAAGGCUGUUCUAUCAAAAACAGGACGAUUUUGUUCUGAGUCAGAGUCACUAACAAGCAUGGAAAAAUAUUGUCUCUCUUGUUUUCAUCCCCUCCCCUUUGGUAUAGUUUUUGGAGGUGAAUACAUAGAUACAUUGUAAAGCUAAAAACAAAAAAACUUUCAUUUUUUGAAAGCCACAUGCAUAUCUGUGAUCAUCUCUUCUAAUCUUCAGGCCGAGCGCUUACUGGCCGAUUGCCUGGGCUCUCCUUGUUUGCCAAUAUCUUUGAUGGCGGUGGCUCAUCUGUAGGGGGAACGUGUUCGCGUUCGCAAUCACAACCCGUCUCAGCAACCACCUCCGAACGAAAGGCAAGUUUGGCGUCAAGCACCGCCAAUUCUAGCAGUGCAGCCACGUAUACCUCAGUGGGCUUCGUUCCGCCAUCUACUGGGUUUCUUUCGGGAGGAAGAUGAAGGAUGCUCAUCACAUUGAUGUCAUUGUCAUUGAAUUUUCGAAUUGGACAAUGUUUCUUGCCUGUAAGUACUUGUGAACCACGCUACAGGUAGAGGUACAGUUAUCGAAAUCGCACAUCGUGUAUAGAGUUAAAGAAUUUCAGAUUUGGAUGUAUUCCUAUUCAUCUUCUUGGUGUAUUAUAAGUGCUGUUGUAUUUACUUUUACCUUUACGUGGUCCCAGGAAAAGUUGAUCUUACUGACUUCUCUCAUGAUAGUGUUGCUCGUUUAUUCUGCACAGUCGUUGAAUAUUUUUUAAGGUUUCAGUCGUCUACCAGGUCUCUCUACUCUCGAAUGUAGUUGAGUUCUUUGUAUAAUCUAGUCUCCUCUUCUUCACAAUUCAAUCCGAAUAUAAAUAUUAUCUUCUUCCACGACUAACAUUAAGACUACUGAGUAACAUCGAUCAUCUGCCUGAAUGUGAGUGCAUAGCGAUGGUGCAAAACCAAGACAGAAAAUAGAUGAUAGGAGUACUCUCUGCAGGCGCAGCACGACCUUGGUGCAGAGAUGGCCAUAUUUGGAUGGCAAGGUGGUGCGAGUGCACUGCAACUCGCUUGUUGAGCAUGAUAUUUAAGCGAGUGCACUGCAACUCGCUUGUUGAACAUGAUAAUCACUUAGGAACAUUAUGCCUUGAUUGCGGCUUAUAAUCUUUGACAAUCAGCGAAGGAACCGUG